UCAGUCUCGUUUCAGUUGCGCUGAAAAUUAACCUACGGUGUUUUAAAUUCGAUGUCUCUCCUGCAGUUAAAACACGAUUUACCACAUCAUGUGCGGUUUUGUAAAACGUUCCCAAAGGAAAUCCCCAGUUGUUGCAUCGUGAAAAGUUCGCCUUCAAUUUCAGAGAUAUGCAUUGCAUUAAGCGUUUCCUAGUGGCUAAAUUACGAUCUCGCACAUCCGUAUCUUGAGACAUAUUCUUAUAUAUUUUUCGUUGCCCAUUGUGUAUAAAAAAAGUUUUAAUUAGAGCAACAAGCCUAUCGCCACAGGAGCCCGUUAUUCUGUGAUAAAUUUACCACGUGGGGAAACAUGUGGACAUUUUGUAUAAUCAACCAAAUAAUCGUCUUAGCGAUCCUCCAAGACGUGACGUCCUUCGCGGCAAAUCAACCUGGGCAUGGCAUCGGCGCCACUCCAGUCGGUGAAGAAGCUGCCCUCUUCCUCACUCCCUACAUCGAAAAAGGGAAAAUCAAAGAAGCCCUAAAAUUAGCGACAGUGCGACCCACAUUUAAGAACAUCGAAAGUUUCUCCGGGUUCCUGACCAUCAACAAAACGACAGACUCCAACCUCUUCUUCUGGCUCUUCAAAAGCCAGCGCGGCAACUGGCAAGAGCGCCCUCUGGUGGUCUGGCUCUCAGGCGGCCCGGGCACCAGUUCCCUAGUAGGGCUCCUCUUCGAGCAGGGCCCAUACAAACUCACCGAAUCCAACACCCUAAAACGUCGACGUAUCACCCUCAACCGCGACUACAACAUGCUCUUCAUCGACAACCCCAUCGGCGCCGGGUUCAGCUACACGAGCAUCGAUUCCGGGUACGCGAGGACGGAUCAGGACACAGUGCUCAGCUUGUACGAGGGCCUCUUACAACUAUACCAACUUUUCCCGGCCUUGCGACGGACCAAACCCUUCUUCUACGGCAACUCCUACGCCGGGAAGUCCGCUUUCGGCAUCGGCUGCAAGAUCCACGAGAUGAACGAAGUCUCCGUUUUGAAAAUGCCGUUGGCGGGAGUCAUGGUAAGUUCCGCGUUUAUGUCAGCGCUUGAUAUGAUGUACCAUGCUGCGCAUCUCCAAGGGCUGAGCCUGAUCGAUUCGAAAACGGCGGACGCUUUCAAGAUGGAGGAAGACCGAAUCCGGAACAGCAUCAAGGCGGGGGAUACUGCGAAGGCCUACGAUGACUAUUCUCGUUAUUUGGGUGUCAUCGCGAAGACAACCGGUUUGAGGUACCUUUUGGACUUUGUUAACGACGAGACUCGCGGGUCUGGUGCGGAGCGGGAUUUCUUGAACGACGCCGAGACGAAGAGGAUGCUCCACGUGGGCGAUCGACCCUACCAGAGUAGUAAAGAGACCAAGGGACAUAUGAGGGCGGAACUCAUGACUUCGGGGCGUUCGUGGCUCGAGAAGCUUCUUUCGACGGAUGAUGUUCCGAUACUUAUUUUCUCAGGAACCCUCGAUUUAUAUGCUCCUUAUUAUCUGAGUUUGAAGCUCUACGAUUCGCUGAGAUGGCCCCGUGCGCGGGAGUACAGCACGGCGAAAAGGUGUCCCUUCAGAAUUGGCGAUCGGGUUGCCUGGUACUCGAAGACGACGGGCACCUUCACCGAAGUUCUGGUCAGGAAUGCAGGGCACUUGAUAUCCUUCAAGCAACGUAAAUGGGAGUAUGUCCUAAUGGAUAGGUUCAUGAAUGGCAGUCAGUCCUUCAAGUGUGAUUGAAAGGCAGGUGCCCAAAAAGACCCUCUCUUGCGAUGAAAUGGACUGCAUUUUGCAAUUUGGAAAUAUCAAUUCUAGCUCUUCUGGAAAAACACUUAUGUGCGCAGGGAA